AUGGACAUUCGUUCACACAGAGGUGGUAGAGAAACCAGUCCAGACCGUGCCAAAAUAUGUAGGAUGAAGCAGAAAGCGAAAGCCAUUAGAAAAGUACAAGUUGUGUAUUAUCUCUCACGAAAUGGCCUAUUAGAGCAUCCACAUUUCAUGGAAGUUAUCCUCUCUCACAAUCAACCUCUCCGUUUGAAAGAUGUAUUUGAUCGCCUCAUGGCUCUGAGAGGGAGUGGCAUGCCUUCUCAAUAUUCAUGGUCUACUAAAAGGAACUAUAAGAGUGGAUAUGUGUGGCAUGACUUGUCGCUGAAGGACAUAAUACAUCCAUCAGAAGGUGGAGCUGAGUAUGUUCUCAAAGGAUCUGAGCUUGUAGAAGGAUUUCAACAACUGAACUUGAGCGAGAAACAAUCCAUUCCGCCUCAGCAAGAACAAAAUUUUACUAGUUACAACAAUUCAAAGAGUAAGGUUGCUUUGAGUGGAAGACACCAACCGAAAUUAGAGAGUGAAGAUCAUCCGUACGAAGAAUACGAAGAGGAAUUGUUAGAGAAAGAGUAUGAUCAUUUAGAUGGAGAGAAAACGAGCUAUACAAGUUCAACUACAACGCCGCAUUCUCGUUGCUCCAGAGGUGUAUCAACGGAAGAACUGGAUGAGGUAGUUAUAACUAAUUCCCAUAAUACCCCGCCACCUCCGAAUCCAAAUUCCGCUACUACCCUAGCGGAAAAACUGAAACAAAGGGAUGAGAGGAGGGUUAACAAUGUGAUAACAACUAAUUACCCGAAACGGUUAGGGAAUGAGUCGCUGACGUCAGCGCCAGUACCGCAAAGUCGUUAUUCUGUUUUGCUGCAACUGAUAGCGUGUGGGAGUUCUGGUGCGGAGAUGAAAGCGAAGCAGAAUGGGGGAGAGUCGCGGUUGAGUAAUGUGGGGACCAGUAAGAGGAGGGAGAGCGUUGAUGAGGAGAAGCUGUAUUCAGGCGAUCAUGGUCAUCAUGGUGAUGAUGAUGACAUAUGCAUGACGGAGAAUCCGAGGUUGUUAGGGAAUUUGCAAUCAGAGGAAAAGGAAUACUUCAGUGGGAGCAUUGUGGAAUCCAUGAAAGCGAACCGAGUCGCUUUUCAGGGUGAACCUGUGCUCAAGAAAUCCAAUUCGUAUAAUGAAGAAAGAAGAAGCAGGCUAGGGAUGGAGGAGUUGCAGUUGAAGGAAACAAAAGAGGGAAAAGGAGGUGUGAGGGAGAAAUGCAUACCGCUUAUAAAAUCUUCUAAAGAGAGUAGGAAAUGA